UUGAAAUUAGUAUUAAUGUUUAUGUUUUUAAAUGUUUUCAUUUAAUUGAUGCUAAUUUGUGUGGCCUUAUUUUCAGUCAUGGAUGAAAUAAACACGGGAAUUCCAUUAUUUAGUUAAUAUAGAGUUUCUUCUUCUUAUUAUUAUUAUUACGUAACUCUGUCACAUAAUUCAACUUACACUUGCAUCACUCUCUCUCUCUCUCUCUCUCACACACACACACACACACUCACACACAGACGAGUAAAGAAACUGGCCAGGCAGGCUCUGCGAGGACAGCAACAGGUUCACAUUCGAGCUCAUUCCACAUGUCUGCACCUGUAGAAAAGGAGCAGACCAUCUUCACGCGUUCAUUAUAACGGUUUUCACCUCAGCAGAAGCUUCUACAGGAAUUACUUCUAUCUUGAACUGGCGUCUAGUCUGUUUUUCUUCAUUUCUGCUGCUGGUUUUUUGUGUUUUUUUUGUUUUGUUUUGCACUGCGUUCUGCUAGGAUUUACCUGACCUGCAACAUGUUCUCCGUUCCUCACCUCUGCUCCUACAUCCGAUAACCAAUAAUCAGUCGUGAAGAAACCGAGGUACGGGAGCACAAAUCCAUUCAGAUCUGCGUAAUUUAGGAAAUUAUGACUCAAAGGUGUGCUGUUGGAAUUUGAUUGCUUACUCCGGAGAUAAUAUCAGUCUUCCUAUCAAAUGAUGGCUGGAUUCUUCCAGCAGUUACGACUCCUUCUCUGGAAAAAUGGCCUGGGGGUCAUCAGGCAGCCGGGCUGGUCUCUGGUUCUCCUCAUCUGGCCUGUAGUGAUCUUCAUCAUCUUAGCCAUCACUCGCUCACAAUUUCCUCCAGUACCUGAAAACACGUGCUAUGUGGCCCCGAGGAAUCUCCCGAGCGCAGGGUUCUUCCCCUUCCUGCAGACUCUCAUGUGUAAUACUGACAGCUCCUGCUCCAAUAAUUCCUACCUCGAGGACUCCAAAUCAAAGAGCCUACGGCAGCGCAGGGACGUAAACACACACAGUUCCCCAUUUUUACUUCAUGGUUUACCCCCUUUACCGGACCUGGAGAAAUUUGGUUUGGCCCAUACGAUCAUGAAGAGAGACACAUCCAACGUGACAGAGAUCCUACAGCAAUGGGAUACAUGGCUGAAUUCCAGCAUCCAGACCUCAUCGAACCUCACCUCCAUCUUGGAUGCCUUGAACAACACAGAGCAGGACGUCUUGAGCACCAUCCUGGACUCGACAGACUUACUGAAAACGAUAUUCUGCAAUAUCUCCAUGUCUGCGCUGUCCGACUAUAGUCCAAUAACCUCAUCGCUGGAGCAUUUCUGCAUGUCCAGUGAUACGGCACUGGAAGUUUCUCUCUCAACGCUGAACCAGUUAAUGACACAGUUGGUGCUGCAAGAUCCAGCGAAAGUCAUCGAGGUAGUCGAGAUGUCCGUGGAAACGAUAAACAAGCUUCAGACACAAUCGCCGCUGUGGGACUUCCUGUUGGGGUUGCCAGAUGUCUUCCUGAAAUCCACAGAUCAGGAGAGGAUCAUGGCUAUCUCCGACAGACUGAAGGAACUGAAGGCCUGGAACUCAAUUCAGAGCAGCUCUCAGCAGGCUAACGCUUCAAUGGACAUGCUAAACCCCAUCAUCGAUGAAGGCAUCGAGCUCCUCAACUACCUCCAGACCUGGGAGGGCAGAAAUGUUAACAUCUCCCUGGUUGAUGUACUGGUGCCGUCCAACAUGUCUCUAAUUAGCCCUGACAUGGCCACACUGAUCCAAGACCUGCAGAUCCCUCUGGAUAAGGUGCUCGUAUUGUUCAACAGAAGCGCCUUCUCCGAGUCCGUGUGUACCAGCAGGUCUUUCUGUGACAGCCAGCAAGUCGACAUAAUGUAUGAAUGGAUAGACCAAGAGAAAGUUGCUCUGCAGGUGCUGUUGGCCUGGAGUCGGUCUGCAACUUCUCCAGCAGAUCUGGCCUUUGCUAAAGACACUCUGGGUAAAUUAUUUGGAGGCUAUUUCCAGGGCGGACCAAAUACAGACUUCGAGAACAGAGACAGCCAGCCAGAGACACUGCAGGAACAACUAUUCCUAGGCGUCGGUAAUACAGUGAUGGGAUGGCUGAGUGGAACGCCAAGCUGGGAUUACAUUCAAACUCUCUUGAUGGGAACUUAUUCCACCAUGCGGUUUGCCACGGCAGUAAUGGAGACACAGCUAGCAUAUGUCCAACCACUGCUGCACAAUCGAGAGAAUCUUCAGACCACCAUGUGGUCUCUCGUACAGAAUGAAACCGGAGUGGAUAACGAGGAACCUUGGUUGGACGUGGGGCAGAAGCUGAAUGAGGUAUCCAGUGUGUUUGACGGCACUUUGGUGUACAAUGUCACACCUGCUAUGAUCCUGACUGAAUGGCACCGGUUAUACAGCACUGCACUACAGUUCAGUGACUCCGUCAAGGAGGUUGUUGAGCUCGUCCAAGGAAAACUUUUCAGUCAAAUCCCACAUAACUCAACCGUCGACUGGUCCGAGAUUCUUCUAAACAGUGGUUUGGAGGAGUUUGCAACGAUGGGGUCAAUACUUCAGAACAGCAGUCAGUGGUCAACCAUGGAGCCGUACUUCCAACUGGCAUACUGGAUCAUGACCUUCCAACCUAAUAUCACCGCACCACCAAACUGCACUUUUACCCCAAAUGAUACUAUCUGUAAUAUUGGAUUUACGUGGGAGGGAUUUAUUCCAGUGGUUGGAUCUCUACUCCAGGAAAUCAAUGAGAAUCCAGCUGCACUUCUGAGACCUAUCCAGGGAGCAGAGUCCCUGCUGAAAGGCAUCAUGAUGGACACCUACAUGAAUCAUCUACAGGAGUUCCUGAGCAGCACUGGUGGAUCAUCGCAGAACCUCUCAUUGAGCCUCACUGAUAUGGUCAACCAGAAUCUACAGUUUCUCUUGAAUAUCCCACCCACUGAUGAGCGAGAUGAAGACAGCUUGCUUGCCAUGUUGAAUGGCACUUUGGAAUCCUUUGGCCUGGGACAGUUAGGGGUUCUCUGGUCAGGAGGCUUGAACUACAGUCAACCCAACUCUGUGGUUAUGAACAUCCUCCAUCUGUUGAGCCCAGAGUCUAUUCAGAUGCUUCACAGUGACCGAAAGUUUGCAGUUCUGUGUGACAUCUUGCAUGAACUUGGAGAACUCUUGGCUCCUGAGAACCAGAUCCAAUUAGAGCGUGUUCUCAACCAUACAAAUGCUCUGUUUGGAGAUUUGGCAUUGUGUGCAGCUAGUGGUCAAGACUGCCUGUCUAACAUUUCACAGCUUUUCCAGAUACUACCUUUGCUUGAUGAAAUGAUGGCAGCGGGAGAAGGUGGCAAUUUCACCACGAUGCCCAUUGAGAGCAACAUGACUUUUUCUGUUGCUGGUCAUAUUCUUUCCCUUCUCCUACCACGGAACAUGUCAGAAUCUUCUGCAUAUACAAUGGACAAUGUCAGUAAUAUGAUCUAUCUUCUUGAGCAGUUGUCUGGCUCAACCAAUCUCAGCAUCAAUGACAUUCAAGACAUGCUCCAAGCCUUGAACCUCACCACAUUUGAUUUAGAACAGUUCACACAUCUUUCAGAAGCGUCUUCCCUUCCUCUGCUACUUUCAAAGCUCAUGGAGCUCGUCAACAUCUCACAAUGCCUGAACCCUCUGUUCCAGGACCAAGCAUCUCAUAUAGGUUCCACAAUACCAGAAUGCACCAUGCAGAUUAUUGAGGGGCUAAUUGGUUUCCUUCAGGCCAUACCCAUGUUGGAAGACAUCCAUACAGAUUCUACAUCCAUUCUUAAUAUGGUGUUUGAUAAGGCAAAGGAAUUAUUCAAUAUUUCUAGCCUAGAUACUGAUUUGCCUGGAGUGACAGAAGAAUUCUUGUCAGGGGGCUCGAACUAUACUCAACUCAACUCUGUGGUUAUGAACAUCCUCCAUCUGCUGAGCCCAGAGUCAAUUCAGAUGCUUCACAGUGAGCAACAGUUUGCAGUGUUGCAUGACAUCUUGCGUAAACUUGGAGAACUCUUGGCUCCUGAGCAACAAAUCCAUUUAGAAGGUUUUCUCAAUCGCACACAUGCUCUGUUUGGAGAUUUGGCAUUGUGUGCAGCUAGUGGUCAAGACUGCCUGUCUAACGUUUCACAGCUUUUCCAGAUACUACCUUUGCUUGAUGAAAUGAUGGCAGCGGGAGAAGGUGGCAAUAUCACCACGAUGCCCAUCGAGAGCAAUAUGACUUUUUCUGUUGCUGGUCAUAUUCUUUCCCUUCUCCUACCACGGAACAUGUCAGAAUCUUCUGCAUAUAUGAUGGACAAUGUCAGUAAGAUCAUCUCUCUCAUCGAGCAGUUGUCUGGCUCAACCAAUCUCAGCAUCAAUGACAUUCAAGACAUGCUCCAAGCCUUGACCCUCACCACUUUUGAUUUAGAACAGUUCACACAUCUUUCAGAAGCGUCUUCCCUUCCUCUGCUACUUUCAAAGCUCACGGAGCUCGUCAACAUCUCACGAUGCCUGAACCCUCUGUUCCAGGACCAAGCAUCUCAUAUAGGUUCCACAAUACCAGAAUGCACCAUGCAGAUUAUUGAGGGGCUAAUUGGUUUCCUUCAGGCCAUACCCAUGUUGGAAGACAUCCAUACAGAUUCUACAUCCAUUCUUAAUAUGGUGUUUGAUAAGGCAAAGGAAUUGUUCAAUAUUUCUAGCCUAGAUACUGAUUUGCCUGGAGUGACAGAAGAAUUCUUGUCAGGGGGCUCGAACUAUACUCAACUCAACUCUGUGGUUAUGAACAUCCUCCAUCUGCUGAGCCCAGAGUCAAUUCAGAUGCUUCACAGUGAGCGACAGUUUGCAGUGUUGCAUGACAUCUUGCGUAAACUUGGAGAACUCUUGGCUCCUGAGCAACAAAUCCAUUUAGAAGGUUUUCUCAAUCGCACACAUGCUCUGUUUGGAGAUUUGGCAUUGUGUGCAGCUAGUGGUCAAGACUGCCUGUCUAACGUUUCACAGCUUUUCCAGAUACUACCUUUGCUUGAUGAAAUGAUGGCAGCGGGAGAAGGUGGCAAUUUCACCAUGAUGCCCAUCGAGAGCAAUAUGACUUUUUCUGUUGCUGGUCAUAUUCUUUCCCUUCUCCUACCACGGAACAUGUCAGAAUCUUCUGCAUAUAUGAUGGACAAUGUCAGUAAGAUCAUCUCUCUCAUCGAGCAGUUGUCUGGCUCAACCAAUCUCAGCAUCAAUGACAUUCAAGACAUGCUCCAAGCCUUGACCCUCACCACUUUUGAUUUAGAACAGUUCACACAUCUUUCAGAAGCGUCUUCCCUUCCUCUGCUACUUUCGAAGCUCAUGGAGCUCGUCAACAUCUCACAAUGCCUGAACCCUCUGUUCCAGGACCAAGCAUCUCAUAUAGGUUCCACAAUACCAGAAUGCACCAUGCAGAUUAUUGAGGGGCUAAUUGGUUUCCUUCAGGCCAUACCCAUGUUGGAAGACAUCCAUACAGAUUCUACAUCCAUUCUUAAUAUGGUGUUUGAUAAGGCAAAGGAAUUGUUCAAUAUUUCUAGCCUAGAUACUGAUUUGCCUGGAGUGACAGAAGAAUUCUUGUCAGGGGGCUCGAACUAUACUCAACUCAACUCUGUGGUUAUGAACAUCCUCCAUCUGCUGAGCCCAGAGUCAAUUCAGAUGCUUCACAGUGAGCGACAGUUUGCAGUGUUGCAUGACAUCUUGCGUAAACUUGGAGAACUCUUGGCUCCUGAGCAACAAAUCCAUUUAGAAGGUUUUCUCAAUCGCACACAUGCUCUGUUUGGAGAUUUGGCAUUGUGUGCAGCUAGUGGUCAAGACUGCCUGUCUAAUGUUUCACAGCUUUUCCAGAUACUACCUUUGCUUGAUGAAAUGAUGGCAGCGGGAGAAGGUGGCAAUUUCACCACGAUGCCCAUCGAGAGCAAUAUGACUUUUUCAGUUGCUGGUCAUAUUCUUUCCCUUCUCCUACCACGGAACAUGUCAGAAUCUUCUGCAUAUACGAUGGACAAUGUCAGUAAUAUGAUCUAUCUUCUUGAGCAGUUGUCUGGCUCAACCAAUCUCAGCAUGGAUGACAUUCAAGACAUGCUCCAAGCCUUGAACCUCACCACAUUUGAUUUAGAACAGUUCACACAUCUUUCAGAAGCGUCUUCCCUUCCUAUGCUACUUUCAAAGCUCAUGGAGCUCGUCAACAUCUCACAAUGCCUGAACCCUCUGCUCCAGGACCCAGUAUCUCAUAUAGGUUCCACAAUACCAGAAUGCACCAUGCAGAUUAUUGAGGGGUUAAUUGGUUUCCUUCAGGCCAUACCCAUGUUUGAAGGCUUCCAGACAAGCCUUACAUCCACUUUAAAUAUGGUGUAUGAUGAAGCAAUGAAGCUUAGGAACAUUUCUAGCCUAGAGUCUGCUCCACUUGCAACGACAGAUGAAGUCUUAGAAGUAAUUCUGGACAGUAUCAGACUGAACCUUGAAAAUCUCAAUGUGGAAAAUGUGACCUUGAUAAAAAUGGAGCUUGAUACACUGGAGGGCCUUUUAAAGAUGGUAUUUGAUGAUGAAUACCGCUACCCUUACUACAUGAUCAAUUCUACACUGAUGACACAGCAGUCCUAUGCUCAGAAGAUGUAUACUGAAAUCAUCAUGUGGUACCUACAUAACCUGGAGAAUGCCACAAAUCCAGGACUUAACUGGCCACAUCCAAACUCCACUAAAUGA